UUUAUGCUGGGAAUUAAACUAAUCCAUCAGUUUGUUGAAAAAAUAAACGAAACGCCAUUUUGAUUUGCCGCGAUAAGAACGAAAGAAAAGAACGGUUUUUGUAGCGAGUGUUGUUUUAAGAAUUUGUAAUUUUAUUUGUUACUAAUUGUGAAUUUUAUAAUGGACCAGUUAGACAUCACCGAUGAUGCAUCUAACGACAAUGCGGCUGCUCAAGAACCGAGACAAGAGUCUCGAUCAGAAGCGCAAGCCGAUCAAAAUGAUGAGGACUCGUCAAAAAAUGAGAAAGGCGAUGGUGAUUCAGGCGGUUACAUUAAACUGAAGGUUCUCGGAAACGAUUCAAACGAAAUUCACUUCAGAGUGAAAAUGAGCACACAAAUGUAUAAAUUAAAACGUUCUUAUAGCGAAAAAGCUGGUGUGCAGUUACCCGGUUUACGAUUUUUAUUCGAUGGAAGAAGAAUAACGGAUGAAGAUACCCCGAAAUCUCUCGAAAUGGAAGACGGCGACGUAAUUGAAGUGUACCAGGAGCAAAGCGGUGGUGCAGAAAUAAACAAAGUCUCGACGCAAAAAUUUUGCGGGGUUCUCGUUAGAGAAAUGUAAAUUUUCGAUAAAUAAAUCUAUGUUUUAAGAUUAUUAGGUUUAUGUUUUCCUAAGAUUAUUCCUUGUAGUUUUUAUUUUUUGUUUAAUCUGUAAUUUUUAGUCAUUGAGCAUUUUGACGAAAUUACUGUCUCUUUAUCAUUUCUUCACAAAACGUUUCACUUUGGAUGUUACCCAUGUUCUUGGAAUUGGAAAUUUCUUUUAAAAAAAUUGUCUCGAAAAAUAUAUCUCGAUUUUCGAAGUGUCAAGAUUAUUAAAAAGUUCUUUGAAAAGAUGUAUAUUAUUAUUAUAUAUGUAUAUGUUGGUUCAUUUAUAUAUUGAAAUAAAUUUUAUUUCUUGCUUUUUUAA